GUGCAAAAUGGCAGCGAAAAAAAGAAAGUUUUCCGAAGAUUACGUUAAGUUUGAAUUUACCUUCAUAUAAAAAGACGAGUUACAAUUGCCUCAGUGUGUGACAUGUAUGAAAGUUUUGAGUAAUAAUAGCAUGAGGCCCAAUCGCCUUGAAAGGCAUUUGAAGCAACAACAUCGUACUCGGGUUUUGAAGACGAAGGAGUUUUUUUCUUCUAAAGCAGAAUCACUCAAGCGGAUGAGACUGGAUAAAUCGGGAACUUAUCCCACAGCAUCUUUUGAAAUAGCUUUUACGAUAGCAAAGCAAAAGAAAGCUCAUACUAUCGGUGAAGAAUUAAUGAAACCAUGUGUCCUAAAAACCUCGCAGAUAAUUUUAGAAGAAGAUGCAGAGCAAAAAGUGAAGUCUAUUUCUCUUUCGAAUAACACAGUCAAGCGUAGAAUCGAUGACAUUGCAGCAGACAUGAAGUCACAAAUAAUUAACAAAAUAGAAUUAUCGCCAUUUUGCCAUUAGUUGCGAUG